AUGGUGUUGAUAAACGGUGUCAAGUAUGCGUGCGAACGGUGCAUCAGGGGCCACAGGGUCACCACGUGCACUCAUGUGGACCAGCCCAUGAUGAUGAUCAAGCCCAAGGGCCGUCCGUCCACCCAGUGCAACCACUGUAAGCAGCAGCGCAAGUUGAAGAACGCCCACAUCGCGUGUACGUGCAACUCCAAGACCAAGGAGCACCAUCCAAGUUGUGCAUGUCACGUCGACGGUGAGUGUACCUGUUCUGCAAAAGUCAAGAAGCCAACGUCGAAAAAGAAGGACGACGACCAGAGAACUGCCUCGAUGUCUUCAUUGUCUUUGGGGCCUGAGAAGGACAGCCUCAACAACAUCAUCCAGUCCUGGGAUAUGGCCUCGCCUCCCAUCGGCGCUUCCGACUCGUACCAGCAGUCGGACAGUCUUGCCUCUCUCAACUCUGUUGGCUCUGAUAAGCUGUCUGGCUUCCAGUACCAGCAUUUUACGAAAAGGCAGGUCGGCACAGACCCGUUGCAGAACUUCAGGGCAUCGACGCCAAACACUCAGCAAAAGAAAGUCGGCGAGAUUAUGGUCCCGAUGGAUGAGUACGUUGCUCCGUUGAACACGAUGAACAACAAUUUCUCCACCUUGAUGAGCAGUUUCAAUUCCAACACCGACAGCCCUGUUGUCGGCGAGGCUGUCCCCAACAGCGACCAGAAGUACAGCCAGUCGGUGGCAGACCCAUUCCAAGGCAUCAACGGCUCGGGCUCUGGAUUGCUGGACAGUUUUGACGACACAAACUCCAGCAGAAUGUACCAGAACAGGAACAGAAACGUCUCCAGUGGCUCUAUCAUUUCGAGCCCAAGAGAUCCGAUUAACCCAGACUCCUUGUUCCCGCUGUUCCCUCUGAUUGGACCUUCGCAGUCGCAGUCGUCUCUGCCGUCUCCUCCUUCCCAGCAAAGUCUUAACGACCUGAUUUCUUCCCAGCCUUCGAGCCAAAACCUGUCUCAUUCGAAUUUGAGUUCACACAAUAACAAGAACGUGUCCACGUAUCCGCAGGUGUUGAAGAAGAAUCUGACAGGAUCGUCCACACACUCCAUUGGCUCGGUGAGUCACUCGCACCACCACCACGGAACACAUGGCCACGCGCACCUGUCUCAUUUCUCGCCGUACCCACAGCACGUUUCCAGUCAGCAGCCGCGGCGGAGCAACUCGUUCCUUUCGAUCUCAUCUUCCAACACGGUCAGCUCGUCGUUGGGGUCUCCAAGCUCGGUCAUGGCCAACGAGAGACCUCCAUUAGUCAGUGCCAACUCCACCGAUUCUUUGAACGGCUUCCAGUUGACAAACUCUAAAACAAACACGACGCUAAUGGACGAUCUGUACCAAACAAAAACUUACACUGACCAAGGUCCGAAACCCUUUUCCAUUGUUCCUGAGGAGACCGAUUCUGGUUCCACUCCCGCCUCAGACGCUUCCCAGAGGGCCAAUCCCGUGUUCGAGGCAAGUACCAUCGGUACUAUCCCCAUCACGUCGUCCCACUACGUGAAAAAACUCAAGGAGGAGUCCCCAGACACGGCUGGUUACUCCAGUUACCUUGGCAAUAUUGACUAUCUGGACAGUUUGCUGGAACAGUCCCAAGAGCAAGGCGAUCUUGCCAACUAUGUCGAUCUCCAGGGUGACCAGGCCGAUGAUAAAAGUUGA